AUGUGGAUAUUGCAGUCGACUUAUCUCUACGUUAAUUGUCACGGACGCAGCGCUAAAAUGCUUCGUCAGCCACGAGUGUCUACGCCGCUGGAACACAACGUUUUACCAAAAUAUUACACGAGGGUGCCUCCGGUUACGAGAUCGGUCACGAACGAUUCGGGUAUCAACCUAGAUUGUUCGUCCAACACGACGAUUGCGACGAAUGCGAGUCCGUUCAACAGCCAGACAGCCUUGAUCGCGGAGAAAAAAGUGAUUCUUUCCGGCAACAGUGUCACCGCCUCCAGUAACCACUACUAUGCGCAGAACUUGAGGAACAAUCAUCAGAAGACCCUGAGCGGGUCUCAUAUGUACGAUCCCCUCGACAAGGGUAUCGAUCACGAUUACAAACAACUCGAUCCGUUGUUGGUCGGUGAACCCCCGUAUACGGGGAUCGAGCUUACCAAGCCAAGCAUGAGUUCUCAAAAUGUCAAACCGACCAAGGACUCGGACACCGUUAUGCGUACGCAGUUCCAGAAGGAACCGAAACCAUCCAUCAUGCGUUAUGCCAAUCAGGUGUUGGCUGCCUUGUCGGUGUCCAUGUGUUCCAUGGUGGUAGGUUACUCGAGCUCCUAUACCUCGCCAGGUUUGGUUUCGAUGCGGGACAACGCCACGGCUACGUUCGAAGUAACGAAAGAAACCGGCAUGUGGAUAGGAUCGAUCAUGCCGUUGAGCGCGCUUUUUGGAGGCAUGAUCGGCGGACCAAGCAUCGAAUAUCUUGGUAGAAGAAACACUAUUCUGGCCACCGCAUUACCCUUCAUCGCAGCCUGGCUACUAAUCUCCCUGGCAGCGAACGUUGCCAUGGUGCUCGCCGGCCGUGCUCUAUGCGGGUUCUGCGUUGGUAUCGCGUCGCUUUCGUUACCGGUGUAUCUUGGUGAAACGAUACAAGCCGAGGUACGUGGUACCCUCGGUCUCUUACCAACUGCUUUUGGUAAUACAGGAAUUUUAGUCUGCUUCAUAGCCGGCAUGUAUCUAGACUGGAGAAACCUCGCGUUACUCGGCGCUGCUUUACCGAUACCGUUCAUGAUUCUGAUGUUCGUGAUUCCCGAGACUCCUAGAUGGUAUAUCUCCAAGGGAAAGACAAAAAGGGCGCGAAAAUCGCUACAAUGGCUGCGAGGCAAAGGCACCGACAUUACCGACGAACUGUCCUCCGUUCAAAAGUUACACACCGAUAGCGAACGUAACGUUUCGCAGGGUGCAUUCAUGCAACUGUUCAAGAAAAAUCAUCUGAAGCCACUUUUCAUCUCGCUCGGCCUAAUGUUUUUCCAACAGUUUUCGGGAAUCAACGCUGUUAUAUUUUAUACCGUUCAAAUUUUUAGGGACGCUGGAAGUAGCAUCGACGAGAACAUCUCUACCAUCGUUGUAGGUAUCGUAAACUUCAUUUCAACGUUCGUUGCGGCAUCCGUUAUAGACAGACUAGGCAGAAAAAUGUUGCUGUACAUAAGCGCUAUAUCGAUGUGUCUAACUCUAUUCACGUUCGGUACGUUCUUCUACGUGAAGGCGACAGGAGUGGAUGUGACGGCAUUCGGUUGGAUACCGUUAAUGAGUCUGAUCGUUUACGUAAUCGGCUUCUCUCUGGGAUUUGGCCCGAUUCCAUGGCUGAUGAUGGGCGAGAUUUUACCGGUUAAGAUACGCGGCUCGGCAGCCAGCGUAGCCACGGCCUUCAACUGGAGUUGCACGUUCAUCGUCACGAAGACGUACGAAGACAUUGUUUCGGUGAUUGGACCGUACGGCACUUUCUGGAUGUUCGGUACGAUCGUUCUAGUUGGUUUCGUCUUCGUAAUCGUCAGCGUACCAGAAACGCGAGGUAGAUCUCUCGAGGAAAUCGAGAAAAGAUUCACCGGACCGGUGAGAAGAAUGAGUGCGGUCGCUAACAUGAAGCCUAUGCCUAUGGCCUGUUAAUUGUUCCUCUCUCGUUCGCUCUCAACGUCGAUAAUUAGCCAAUCGAUCUUUUCGACUAACGCGACGAUGGUCGCGACGUCGACACUAACUCGCGCGUGUUUCGCUUCGUUAUGAAACGAACGAAUCCUAUAAGUAUAGUUCCUUCGGUCUGUCGAUAAGAACGAGCGAAGGGCACGUGUCUAGAGAGGACCGUCUUCCGGAUCGAUUCUCUCCUUUUUCAACCUUUUUUCGAUUCGUACGCGGCUGCUCUCUGCUUCGUUCACUUUCGUUUCUCCGAUCGUCUCUUUAUUCCGGCCCCUUUCCAAACGACCCUACACGUGAAACCGUUCGCUCCGACGACACCAAUUUUUUAUUUCUUUUUGAACCAAACACCAAAUACUCUUCGUUGUCGGAAAAUUAUUUCCAUUGCGUCUAGCUUCCUGGAAAGGUGCGAGCAGAUGGCAGCCAAAGAAAGCAGCAAAGGAUGAACGCGCGAAAAAAGAAAAAGAAACGAAGAGAAAAGACGAAGGAAGUUUUAGAGAGCGGAAGUUUCGGUAGAUCAGCUUGUUGUUUGUAUGUACUUACGAAAAACGCUUGCUUGACGCAAGACCGGCUGAUAGUUUAACGACAUAAUUGCGAACGCAAGCUCAACUUGAGAGAACGAUCCGUCGACUAGACGUCAUACGUAACCGUUAUUUUUCUUAUUUCAAAUACUUUACAGGGUCUACCUCAAAUUAGUACUUUUACUAAAGGUAUACGAGUAGGUUAACGACAAGGAUGAAUUAUUUAAUUAGUACACGUGUGUAUAGAUUCGAGUACACCGAUAUGUUGUACUUAAGAAAAUGCGUAUAAACAACGUUGAAAAGGGAAAAACAAACGUUUCUUCCUUCUGUAUCACCGCGACAAUAAAAUUUUUACGCGACGGUCGUAGAGGUAAUUCUUGUGCAUUUCUAUCGAUAUCGACCGUCGCGUUUGUACAUAUGUAUGUAGUUACCGAUUUGCGUCAAUGAACAAUUGCGUCAUCUAUCAACGAACUAAACCGUAUCAUUCAGAUAUAAGUUAAGAAAUAGAGGUAAAAUAAUACGCGUUUAUUUUUUCAUCGUUGAAAUUGAUGUAACUCACGAAAGAAACGUAUCGCGCACAAUGGCGCACGACAUAUCGCAUUUCUUGCGUACACAUGUAUAUACUGAAUGCAUGUAUAUACUUUGAGAAUCGGUUCUCGUUAUACAACGAUAUAUAUUUGUAACGCGAUUUUUACACAGUAUGCGCUUUUAAUUCUUCAUUUUUAUUCCUAGUUUUCGAUAAUAUGUACCGAGAUCUGUUUCAAUUCAAUCGAAUCUCGUUUGUA